AUGGCAGAUCAGGCCUAUUUAGAUGAUGGUGUCCCCAUCAGUGGCAGCUUCCAUGACAGCAUCAAUAUUGAAGCCGACAGUGCCAGUAUGCUUAGUCGAACACAGCCUGUCUUUCCACCUCUUCGAAACGACGACAUUGCCGACUCGCCGUCCACAGAUGCACAGCUGCCGCCUGUAGCCGGUAUCGACGACAAUGAUGACAAUGAGCCUGCAAUAGCCAAACCCUUCGCCCGAGCCAACAGCCCUGAGCCCGCCGGUCGAGGCCCCGCCCUGGACGACAAAACACAUGAACGUCUAUUGUAUAAGAUGCAUAAGUUCAGCCUUUACGAGACGGCCAGUCGUUACUACAUUGUGGGUGGUGAUGUAACGGAGCGACGAUAUCGCAUCCUUAAAAUCGACAGGACUACCGAAGAUUCCGACCUGAGUAUCACGGACGACAAAAUUGUAUAUAGUCAACGAGAGAUGAACCAACUUCUCGACACUAUCGACGAUGGCAAUAAAGGCACCGGAGGUAUCAAGCUGCGUUGUACGACAUGGGGCUUGCUUGGAUUCAUUAAAUUCACGGGCCCUUACUACAUGCUCUUGAUCACCAAGAAAAGCACUGUCGCCAUGAUAGGGGGCCACUAUGUGUACCAGAUCGAUGGAACUGAGCUCGUGCCACUCACCCCCGCUCGAUUCAAAACUGAUGUGCGCAAUACUGAAGAGUCGCGGUUCCUGGCCAUUCUGAACAACCUGGAUUUGACUAGAUCAUUCUACUAUAGCUACUCGUACGAUAUCACGCGGACGCUGCAGCAUAAUAUGGCUCGAGAGCGGGAGGCACUCGCAAAAGGGCUAUCUUGUACCCCUGAUGAUGACUUCAAUGCUAUGUUUGUUUGGAACAGCCACCUUCUGCAACCUGUUGUGCAAGCUCUCAAGGAUCCCUUCGACUGGUGCCGCCCUAUCAUACAUGGCUAUAUUGACCAAGCAGCGCUUUCGAUAUAUGGACGGACGGCGCAUAUCACCAUCAUAGCACGGCGGUCCCGAUAUUUUGCUGGUGCCCGUUUUCUUAAGCGCGGCGCGAACGAUUUGGGUUACGUAGCCAACGACGUCGAGACGGAGCAGAUCGUUUCCGAGGCUCUAACCACGUCUUUCCAUGCUCCCGGACCGCGGCUCUAUGCAAGCCCUCAGUACACAUCGUAUGUGCAACACCGUGGAAGUAUACCCUUGUACUGGACCCAAGACAAUACAGGCGUUACUCCGAAGCCUCCCAUCGAACUAAACUUGGUGGAUCCUUUCUAUGGCGCAGCAGCGCUUCACUUCAACAAUCUGUUCGAACGCUACGGCGCCCCCAUAUACGUAUUGAACCUAGUCAAAGCCCGCGAACGUACGCCGCGAGAAUCCAAGCUGUUGGUCGAGUUUACCAAUGCCAUCAAAUACCUAAAUCAAUUCCUACCUGACGGGAAACAAAUCAUCUAUGAAGCAUGGGACAUGAGUAGGGCUGCGAAGAGCCGCGAUCAAGAUGUCAUCGGAACGCUGGAGAAUAUAGCCGAGUCGGUGGUUACGACCACAGGCUUGUUUCACGACGGAGACGGCAAUAUCAACCCCAUAAGAGUGCAGAAUGGGGUUGCCCGCACGAAUUGCAUCGACUGCCUUGAUCGAACCAAUGCCGCCCAAUUUGUGAUCGGCAAGAGAGCGCUGGGACAUCAGCUUCAUGCCCUCGGCAUCUUGGAGGACACGGCUAUUGAUUACGACACGGAUGCUGUUAAUCUGUUCACUCACAUGUACCACGACCAUGGAGACACCAUCGCCGUGCAGUACGGAGGUUCUCAAUUAGUCAACACGAUGGAGACAUAUCGCAAAAUCAACCAAUGGACAAGCCACUCUCGCGACAUGAUCGAGAGCUUCAAAAGGUAUUACAACAACUCCUUCCUGGAUGGGCAGCGGCAGGAAGCGUACAACCUCUUCUUGGGCAACUACAUCUUUUCCCAGGGGCAGCCCAUGCUGUGGGAUCUUGCGACCGACUACUAUCUUCACCAUGCAGACCCUAGGUUGUGGUCAGAGAAGACAAGAGGCGAUUAUAUCAACUGGUUUACCCCCCAGUAUCUUGAAGCAAGAAGUAUACAGCCUCGGAGUGACCCACCCAGCGAGGGCAGAGACAUUCCUGUUGCUUUUUUUGACGACUACUGGCUCGAGUAUUAUCGCCCCUCGACCCUAUCGUCCUUCCUGAAGAUGUUCCCUUAUAAGAUGAACUCGACUAUCAAGUACAUCCCAUUCAAAUCGACACAGGACGGUCGGUAUGACCUUAGCCCUUUUAAAAUUCGCAACGAGACCUAUCCAGAAACCCAAGAGAAGAAGAAGGCGAAGAAAGAAGUGACCAUAGUUGAUCCGCAAAGUGCAUCGAAUUCGCGAGGGCCCGACACGGCUAUAACAUCACCGGACCGACCGUCGACCGGUACUGGCCGGGGCAUUUCAAUUCAGCGUUGGUUGCAACCUGCACACGACAAGGUUACGGGUCAGCAAGGUAUUAUGAAAGCCACGCCAGAGGAACCGUCCGUUUUGCCGAAGACCAAGCCGACGCCGCAGGAGAAGUCCAAGGCAGCGCAAUGGACCUUCACAAAAGCUGUGCAUCAAUCUUUGAAUCCCUCAGUAAGCCAGGUUGAGGCGAAUGACUAUGAUCGAUACGUCAGCCACCCCCAAAGUCUACCUCUUGUUGUUUCCGCAGAGGAACAGGCUGAGAAUGAUUCUGAAUACCGAGAUUACAUUAACGGGAGUUGGCAUCUUGAAAGUCAUUUGCAGACAGGACCGGAAGAUGACCCCACCGUCUAUGCCGAGCUUUUGCGUGUAGGCGAAAAUCCCUUGACGGUGACGGAGGAAGAUGCGCAGAAGAAACGAUACAAAGCGUACAGGAAGUGGCUACGAGGAAAAUCUUUCUUCAAGCAACAGCCAGUGGACUAG